AUGAGUCUCUAUGGAGAGAACGUGGGCGGUGUUUUCUCUGAAUGCUCAAAAUAUGAAUCAACAUGUCAAGGCCUUGACAAACACAAAUCAAAUCUGAGACAGAAGUUUCAAUGUGUUUGUGAAGGUUUAACAAAACAGGGAAACCCUACACUUCUCAAUGAGAUCUACACAGAGCUCUACAUUAUGCAUGGGAGAAGUGAAGACAUCAAUAAUGAACAUGACAUCAGACAGAUUGAGACAGCAUUAAGAAGAAGAACAGAGGACACACCAAUCAAAUGCAAUGACAUAUUUAAACCCUUACCUGGACAAGACAAACCCAUCAGAACUGUGCUGACAACAGGAGUCGCUGGCAUUGGAAAAACAGACUCUGUGCAGAAGUUCAUUCUAGACUGGGCUGACGGGAAAGCCAAUCAGGAUAUCCACUUCAUAUUUCCACUUCCUUUCAGAGAGCUGAAUCUGAUUAAGGACAAAAAACACAGUCUGAUGAGUUUACUUCAUGGCCUUUUCAGUGAAAGCAAAAUAUUUGACAGCAAUCAGCAUAAAGCUCUUUUCAUCUUUGAUGGCCUGGACGAGUGUCGACUAUCUCUGGAUUUUCAGAAUAAUGAGAGUCUGUGUGAUAUAACAGAGUCAACAUCAGUGGAUGUGCUGUUGUCAAACCUCAUCGAGGGGAAUCUGCUUCCAUCUGCUCUCAUCUGGAUAACCUCCCGACCAGCAGCAGCCAAUCAAAUUCCUUCUCAAGACGUUGAUCAGGUGACUGAAAUACGAGGGUACAGUGAUGAACAGAAGGAGGAGUACUUCAGGAAGAGAAUCAGUGAUCAGAACCUGGCCAACAGAAUCAUCUCACACAUUAAAUCAUUCAGAAGCCUGUACAUCAUGUGCCACAUACCAGUGUUCUGUUGGAUUUCAGCUACUGUUCUAGAGAGAAUGUUGGAUAAUGCAGAGAAGGGAGAGAUUCCCACAACUCUGACUCAAAUGUACACAAAUUAUCUGUUAAUUCAUCUUAAAAUAAUCCAAGAAAAGUACAAUGAGAGCAGAGAGACAGAUAAUGAAAUGAUUUUCAAACUGGGGCGACUGGCUUUUCAACAGCUGAAAAAAGGCAAUGUGAUCUUUUAUGAGGACGACCUGAGAGAGUGUGGCAUUAAUGUGAGAGAAGCAUCAGUGUACUCAGGAGUGUGCACCCUGAUCUUUAGAGAGGAGUUAGGGCUGUACCAGGGGAAGGUGUUCUGCUUUACACAUCUGAGCAUUCAGGAACAUCUUGCAGCUCUGUAUGUUCAUCUGUCUUUUAUCAACAACAGCAAGAAUGUGCUUGGUCAAAGUGUAUUCUCUAAACUUGUGGCCAAGAUCAAAGGUGAGACUAUUUCUGUUUUACACAAGAGGGCAGUGGAUAAGGCCUUGCAGAGUAAGAAUGGACAUCUGGAUCUUUUCCUCUGCUUCCUUCUCGGCCUCUCAUUGGAGUCCAAACAGCUUCUCUCACAGGGUCUACUGACACGGACAGGAAGCAGCUCUCACAGAAAUAAAAAGACAGUCAAAUACAUUAAGAAGAAGAUCAGACAGAAUCCAUUCCCAGAUAAAUCCAUCAAUCUGUUCCACUGUCUGAAUGAACUGAAUGAUCAUUCUCUUGUGGAGGAGAUCCAGCAUUACCUGAAAUUUGGAAAUCGAUCAAAAGCAAAACUCUCAUCUUCUCAGCUGUCAGCUCUGGGCUUUGUGGUUCUGACCUCAGAAGAGGAGCUGGAUGUGUUUGAUCUUAAUCAAUAUCCGAUCAGCUUUUCCAUCACAGGAGAUGAAGUUCUUUUGAGAUUGUUGCCAAUAGUGAAAGCAUCCAGAAAAGCUAGCCUGAGGAACUGUGAACUGACAGAGGAAAGCUGUGCCGUUCUGACCUCAGCUCUCGACUCAAACUCCUCCAGUCUGAGAGAACUGGAUCUGAGUAAGAAUGAUCUGUGGGACUCAGGAGUGAAGCUGCUCUCCGCUGGACUGAAGAAUCCUCACUGUAAACUGGAGAUACUGAGGAUGAGUAGAUGUGACCUGACAGAAAGAAGCUGCACAGUUCUGGCCUCAGUCCUGAUGUCAAACUCCUCCAGUCUGAGAGAACUGGACCUGAGUGAGAAUAUUCUGCUGGAUUCAGGAGUGAAGUUGCUCUCUGCUGGACUGAAGAAUCCUCACUGUAAACUGGAGAUACUGAGGAUGAGUAGAUGUAACCUGACAGAAAGAAGCUGCAAAGUUCUGGCCUCAGUCCUGAUGUCAAAUUCCUCCAGUCUGAGAGAACUGGACCUGAGUAAGAAUAUUCUGCGGGAUUCAGGAGUGAAGUUGCUCUCUGCUGGACUGAAGAAUCCUAACUGUAAACUGGAGAUACUGAGGAUGAGUAGAUGUGACCUGACAGAAAGAAGCUGCACAGUUCUGGCCUCAGUCCUGAUGUCAAACUCCUCCAGUCUGAGAGAACUGGAUCUGAGUAAAAAUAUUCUGCUGGAUUCAGGAGUGAAGUCGCUCUCUGCUGGACUGAAGAAUCCUCACUGUGAACUGGAAGUACUUAGACUGAAGGAAUGUAUUACCACAGAUGAAAGUUGUGCUGCUCUGGCUUCUGCUCUGAGAUCAAACCCCUCGCACCUGAGAGAGUUGUACCUGUCCGUGUACAUAUCAGCCAAGAUGGGAGAGAAUCCUCUCUGUGCUUUAAGGAAUGAUCCACAUAAUCAACUGGAGAAACUAGAGAUGAGUAGGUGUGAACUGACAUGGAGAAGCUGCAAAGUCCUGGCCUCAGUUCUGAAGUCAGUCUCCUCCAGCCUGAGAGAGCUAGACCUGAGUGAGAAUAAUCUGAGGGAUUCAGGAGUGGAGCUGCUCUCUGCUGGACUGAAGAAUCCUCACUGUAAACUGGAGAUACUGAAGCUGAAUUUCUGUGACCUGACAUGGAGAAGCUGUGCAGUUCUGGCCUCAGUUAUCCGUUCAAACUGCUCCAGUCUGAGAGAGCUGGACCUGAGUGUGAAUAAUCUACAGGAUUCCGGCGUGCAGCUGCUCUCUACUGGACUGGAGAAUCCUCACUGUAAACUGGAAAUACUGAGACUGAAAGAAUGUAUUACCACAGAUGAAGUCUGUGUGGCUCUUGCUUCCGCUCUAAGAUCAAACCCCUCACACCUGAGAGAGCUGUACCUGUCUGUGGACAAAACAGACAACGUAGAAGAGAAUCCUCUCUGCGCUCUAAGGGAUGAUCCACAUUAUAAACUGGAGAAACUAGAGUGA